GCCAUCAGCACGACGCCAGGUACUGCAAAGUUAAAACUCACUUGGGCCAAACGUCAACAACAACAACAACAGCAUUCUUAUGACCUUUUCCCAUACUUCAUCAACAUCUCAUUCCCUACACGUCCUCCUGCAUUGGCCAGGUCCUCCAUCAGCCACUGACGAGAAAGGCAGAGAGAGCAUUGCUGCAUUCCUAAGGUACCGAUACUGCGCCACUGUGCAGACGCACGUGCUCCAGUCUUUCUCCUUAUCCGCCCCCGGUUCUCUCCCCACAUCGACGCUUGGCCUGUGGGAGGGCCUCCUGAUUCUACAGUCGACCGCGCUCUUUGCGUGUCGAACCAACUCUUCUUCGAACCCUGCCAUUCGCAUCGCACGGACGAGCGAGCGACGACACGCGACGCGACGCGACGUCAGUGCCCUCUCGAACCCCCAACCAUGCGGCUCACGGCCAUCGUCACAGCCCUGGCGGCGCUCAGCCUCGACCUCGUCGCAGCCGCAGCCGACGCGGACGUCUUCUCGUCGCAACACCUCUACGACUGGGGCUGGUACGGUCUCUUCCCGUACACCACCUUCAAGUCGUACGCCAAAGGCGGCAUUCCCCGCGUCAACUUCCUCAGCUGGGACGAGCGAUGCACGAACGGAUACUACCUCUACACGCCCAAGGGACGCGCCGUCCCCAAAGACCAGGCUGGCCCACGGAUCAUGGACGGUAAGGGCAACCUCGUCUGGUCCGGCGUCGAGGACUUUGGACAGGCGGCCGACCUGCAGGUGCAGGAGUACAAAGGCAAAAAGUACCUCACCUUCUGGAAGGACACGGAGGGCAUCAGCAUGGGCUGGGGUCGCGGCAUCCACUACAUGCUGGACGAGAACUACCAGGUCUACAAGACGUUCCGCCCCGUCGGCGAGGGCAUGAUGAGCGACCUGCACGAGUUCCACAUCACCAGGGAGGGCACCGUCCUGCUGACCGCGUACGCGCCUCUCACCUGGGACCUUAGGCCCAUUGGGGGGCCAAAGGAGGGCUGGAUCAUGGACAGCUGGUUCCAGGAGAUUGACAUUGAGACGGGCGAGCUGCUCUUUGAGUGGCGCGCCAGCGAGAAUGUGCCUCUGGAGGACACGGUCCGCUACUUUGCCGGUCGCGACGACGGGUUGACCCCGGAGAGGGGCUUUGAUUACUUUCACAUCAACAGCAUGGACAAGGACAAGAGCGGAAACUACAUUGUCUCGGGUCGCCACACGCAUUCGAUCCACGCCGUGUCGCCUGAAGGCCAGCUGCUCUGGACGCUCGGUGGCAAGGGCAACCAGUUCGAGGAUCUCUCGGGCGGCAAGGCCAUUGACUUUGCGUACCAGCACCACAUCCGCAUCGACGACAACGACGUCAUCACCAUGUUCGACAAUGCCAAGGCCGAGCGCGCCGGCCCUGCACUCAAGUACGACUUCUCCCGCGGUCUUGUGAUCCAGCUCGAUCAGGAGAACCGCACCGCCAAGCUCCUGCACGAGGUUUACGACCCUGCGAACCGCAAGUACGCCGACUCUCAGGGCUCAGCACAAUUGUGGGAUGGUGGAAAGUCCAUGCUGGUCGAUUAUGGCUUCUUCCCCUCCUUCACCGAGUUUGACACGGAGACGAGCGAGGUCCUCUGCGACAUGCGCUUUGGACCCUCCCUCAUGUUCCCCAUUGGGUCCGUCAACAGCUAUCGCGCUUCCAAGGGUAACUGGGUCGGGAAACCGCUCAAGAGACCGAACAGUCUCUACAAUCCGGCCGAGGGUGUCCUGUACGUGAGCUGGAACGGCGACACGGAGACGGACAUGUGGGUUCUGCAAGGCGCAGACCACAGCACGGCCGAUAGCGGUCCGUGGACAGAUCUCAAGGAGAUCAGCAAGGACGGCAGGUUCGAGGUCGGCUUUGACAUUGACGCGAGCAUGCCCCCCUGGCUGCGCGUCGCGGCCGUCAACAAGGACGGCGAGACGCUCUACCACUCGCAGAAGUUGAGUCGCGAGUACGGCAACGUGCCACUCCCCGACGUUCUGGGCGAUGUUUUACAUGCCCUCCGGUGGAUCUAUACCCUUGUCGUCACCGGCCUCGGCCUCUAUGCUUGGGACUCUACACGUCGUUGGCGAGCGACCCUUGCGCGCGUUGCGGGCAAGAUGUGGCAGGUUGUGAAGCCAAAGCUGCGUCGACUCUUCUUUUGGUGGAUGCCACGCGGUGUGCGUCUGCCGACGUGGAUGCGCGGCGGGCUCUGGAAAGCUAAGGGGAAACCACACGAGAUGCAGCCACUGUACGACGCGGACGAAGAGCAGCGUAUAUAAUGAGCAUUACGCUUGAGGGAGGCGUUGGUCGGUUACUCUCUGUCCUGGGGGCUAUGAUGUGCAUACCUAGGUUAAGCCCCCUGGCAUGGCGUUUGGUGUCUUUCCCCUAGAACCUGUAUUCUUACUAAACAUGGCAUACCUAAAUACCACAUGGCAGCAU